AUGCCACCACCACCGCCAUUAUGGGCAGUCGCGGUGCUGCCAUGCUGCGCGCACUGGGGGAAGCCCAGGGAAGAGGAGGUGGGUGUGGGCAUGAUCACGCCCGUGAGAAUGGCAUCCGUGAGUGCUGCAUCAGCUGCCAGCAGCCGUGCUCGCCCCUCCUCCAUGCUCGCGCUCCUCCCAAUCAUGCUGCCUCUGCUUCCCGUGCUUCCCGCGCUGCCUAUGCUGCCUGUUCUUGUUGCUGGCCGCCACAAUUCCUCCAUGCCUGGGUGCCCCUGUCCCCUUCUCCCCCCCCCCCCCUCCUUCGGCCUUGUGCCUGCGCGCAUGUCUGUAUUGAUCAAACUGCCGCUCAUGCUCCCUCCCGCCCCUUCUCCCCCACCUUCUCCCCCCCCUCUUCCCUCUCCCCCCCCUCUUCCCUCUCCCCUCCCUCCCAUUCUCCUGCCCAUGCUGCCCUCGAGUCUAUCCGCGUCCCCUCUGCUGCUCUUGACUCCUCAUUCCUCCUCCCUUUCCUCGCCCGCUCCCUCUGCUGCCCCCUCCCAUGCUCGCUGCCUCUCACUCCUCCAUCUGCCUGCCCCCACUUCACCCUGCUGCUCCACUGCACCCGCCGCCAGUCUACCUGCGCUGCCCGCGGCGCUUGCGUCGCCCAGGCGCGGCCCCAAGAAGGAGUAG